AUGGCCCACUCUUUCUCGCACCCGCACGACUUCCUCUCACCUAUGGAUGCCCUGUACCGACCUGUACGACGUCGGAUAUUUAGCGAUGAUCAAUACGGGAUUGGACAUACUCCGACGAAUGCUCUCAGGACCUGCCGUCCGGACACGACUUCGACCACGAUUGUUCUUCCGACGAAAACAAUAGGUGAGGUAUCACCCGCUAUUUGUUACCAGAGACAAACGCGGGAUAUCUGGGCGGAGGGCUUGGAACAGAGGGACUGCGGUCAGGAGAACAUACAGAAGUGGAUCAUUGAACAAGGUCGUGGCAAGGAAACGAUACAUCAACAGAACGUCGCGGAGCCAGGUCUGGAGGGGCAAAGCAUCGAACAGAAUCACGCCCAAGCAAGACAACGCAGAUUUAGUGAGCAAGACUUCAAGACACGGCUUGCACGAGCCUCCCUUCCUUCGAAUCAGAAUCAUAGGGCGACAGCUUCAUACCCUAUCUACUCGCCCAGUACCCUGCAAAAGGGUCCGAACCAAACGCUCCCUUGCCUCCCUUGGGGAGUACCGCCGAAUAUGGAACCUCCACGACUCUAUCCACGACCUCCCUCUACCUCCAGUAUCUCGAUACUUUCCCGAUCUAGCUUCGAAUCGAGACACAAGAGUCCCUUGAGUAUUAGUUCUUCAAUAGACUACGAGUCGAGUCGCACAAGCGAGGAUACUUCGUACUCCGAUUCGAAAACUACCAAGAAUGGAUUCCUGGCAACUCAAACUACAAUCCCACCGACCCCAUUCCCCGGAAAAAGAUUUGUGAACGAAGCUCUGCCAAUGCACUUACGAUAUGGAGCAGGUGGAGCGGGAAGCCAACAGUCGCCUCUGUUGCCACCGCAGAGGAUGGGCAUGUUUCCGAAGCAUAAAACUGCCUCCGGGAGGACAUACACCGUGAGGGGAGAGGGUUUCAAGAAACUUCCUGAGGAGAUAUUGCUGGUCGUUCUGGCGGAGCUGAAGAAAUCACAUCUGGAUGCAGGAAGCCUGAGCUGCUCGACAUGUUGGAUGCGAGAUCUGCUCAAUCUGGGAUUAAGCUGCAAGAAAUGGUGGGGUGCCGCAAGAUGUAUGCUGUAUGGUGAUAUUCAGCUCACAGGAUGCGACUCUGUCAUUCACACCAAGAAGAAGUUCAAAUUGAAAUUUGGGACCAGGCUGAGAUUGUUACGGAGAACUCUCCGUAUGCGACCAGACUUGGCAGAAUAUGUCAAAGUGCUGAAGGUCCCCGCCAUGCCAGACGUUGCGAGGGGCAAAGAGCAAGAUGAAUAUCUUGAACUGGUCGCUUCCUUAAUUAUGGCCUGUCCAAAUUUGGAACGACUUCCUGGCUUUUACCCGGCAUACAACCACGAGUUUUCGAGGUUCGUCCACGCGCUGUCGACGAGGAAGAAGCUCACAGAAAGGGUUUGGGUCAUCAAUCCGAGCCCAUUCCAGAGACAGCGACGCUUCAACUUGUCUGCAGACGCAGAAUAUCUUACUCCAAUUCUGGCCCCAAGUCCAUUGCUUCCAGAGCAAUGCAUCGACUUCAUGAUCCAUCAUACAAAUUGGCCACAAUUGAAAACCCUGUUUCUUCACUGCAAUCCUGGUGGUACCAUCGACUCUCCACUGUUCAUCGAUAUCUUCUAUUCUCUACCUUCGCUUGAGAAUCUUCACGUCUCAUCCUUCCCGUCGACAUCUUUUAAUGACGAGACGCUCUUGUCAUUACCACCACUCAAGUCAUUACGUCUUGACAAUCUACCUGGUAUCACUGCCAAUGGCUUGUCGAACUAUGGCUCGCCUUCACGGACCGACUCGUUAAUCUCACUGUCACUCAUUGGACUUCCCUUACUGUCACUACCUGUCUUGACUCGACUUUUCUCCCACCUCAAAUCACUUACACAUUUCACCAUCUCACAAGCACCAUCGCCAUCACUUCCUAGGGGAAUAGAGAUUUAUCUCCAUCCGUACCUUGCCUCUCCAACUCUCGAGUAUUUGCACUGGGAAUUUACAAAUCCGGACGAUGACAAGGCCACGGAAAUCCUGGCGAAGGCAAUACUCUACAACGGCUUUCCAUCCUUACGCACUCUUCGCGCACCAACUGAUUAUGACGGCACGCUCCAACGACUCUGCAAGCCCAGAGAGCGCAUCGAACUCCCUGCAGACCGCUAUAGAAACAUGGGUUUUGGCCACAUCCCUCACUCUCAGAGUGCACCAAACCUACCGUCCCCAACUCGGUCCACCUUCUCUCUCGGCCACCACAGCCACACCUCAUCCAUCAACUCGUCAUUUGUUAAGUCGCCCACUCGUUCUGCGUUCUCGCUGAACCUCGACAAGGACAAAUCAUCGCACUCAUCUCAAAACUCCUCUGGCGAACUCGCAGCCGGCGACAGAGAACAAGGCAUGAGCCUCGCCACCGCUCGACGCAUGGCUCAGCAUCGCAUUGACAUCGCUGCGAAACAGCCGCGCUUCCACAUCAUCCUCUGGGACGAGUACGGUCACUUUGUGGAGAGACAGGCUGUUGCAGGCUUUCUGGGGAGAAUCCAGAGCAAGAUUUUCUACACCCUGAAACCCGAUAUCGAGGGCAGUGAUGAAGCGAUUGUGGGUAUUGAGGGUCCCGGAGGAUUAUUGGAUAUGAGUGAGGAAGGAAGUGUUAGAGAUGGGUGUACGGGGAGCUGGAACUUGGAUUCCGGGAGUGGAAUUACGGCUGGAGCGAAGGGAAAGAAGGAAAGAGAGAGGUGGUGGCAUACUGAGCGAGGAAGGUGGAGGGAAGUCCCGCUGGAGAAGUUCUUUUGA